GUAGCUAUACGCAACGAGAAAAUGGCGCUUCCUGUGAUUAUCAAAGUUGUAUCGGGCAAGGCCUUGGCGAAAGAACACCUCUGAGGGCUAGAUUAGAACCAUCAAUUAUCAUUGCAUUAAACGAGCGCAUGGUUAUCUGGAUCAUACGAGUCCUUGGGUGGGAAAGAAUAGAAUUUCCGGGUUGCUCGUAAUCAGCCGCAACGGCUCUGGCAUGCCGGAUAAUAAUGAAAACGCACCAUGAACGUCCCCGAAUCUGUCGUCCUGCGAAAUUCCGAGGUUUUCUCCAACUACCCAUUUAGCCGGAUCGGUCGCGGUCGCUAUCAUAGCUCCAUAUCCUAUCAUAUUGGGCAUACCGCUAUCAUCUACUCCGCACCAAAAGCGACGAUGAACAUGGGCUCGAGCUUCCCCUAGGGAAGUGUUGAAUUUAGUGUUACUCGUUCCAUUGGUAUAAAGGGAUACUUUUCACCUCAUGCGGGCAUCCAUCGUUCAAUCUGUCCAACGUGUAGUUUAGGUACCUAGACGGAGAUUCGUCUUACCAAUAUGGUCCGACAAGCCCUUGCCCUAGUGCUGCUAGCCCUCGCCGGAGUCAUUGCGAAGACAACUGCCAGCUAUGACUACAUCAUCGUGGGAUCAGGUCCUGGUGGGGCGCCGCUUGCAGCUAAUCUUGCGAGAGCAGGUUACCCAACACUACUCUUAGAGGCGGGUGACGACUUAGGCAAUAAUAAGAAUUACUCGGAGAUGAUCAAUUUCAAUCUCGCAGCGAAUGACGAAAAAUCGCGGUGGGAUUUCUUCGUUAAGCAUUCUUCGGACGAAGAACGUGAGGGGAAAUACGAACACACAACGUGGCGUAAGCCUGACGGUUCCUUCUACGUCGGUUUAGAUCCCCCGGCUGGAUCUAAACGACUAGGAAUAUAUUACCCUCGUUCGGCCACUCUCGGGGGUUGUGCGAUGCAUAACGGCGGAGUGUGUAACUUACCUUCCGAUGACGACUGGAACGCGAUAGCCGAGAGCACCGGGGACGAGACAUGGCUGGCAAAGAAUAUGAGACAGUACUUCGAGAGAAUUGAGACGGCUCAAUAUGUACCAGCUGGGACCCCUGGGCAUGGAUAUAACGGUUACCUAAACGUGACAAUUAGUGAUCCUGCUUUCAUGCAACAAACCUCCGACAUACAGGAAAUCGCAAAAGGUAUCAUCAACGUGGUUGGGGGCGAGGUAACACGAGAUAUCAACGCCCCCGACGCGGAUCGAGAUCAAUCUACGGGAGUCUUUGGACUUGCCAGUCAUGCAGACCUUAAUGGACAUCGCGUUGGGACAAACACCUACAUCCGGGCAACCUUAGAUGACCCAGAAAAGUUUCCUCUAACCGUCCAACUUCAGAGUCUUGUGACCAAGGUGCUCUUUUCCGAAGACGCUGAAGAGCCCGUCGCAAUCGGAGUUGAAGUUAUUCGUGGCCCUUCUCUGUACAAGGCUGACCCACGCUAUAACGGUACCAAGGGAGAGGUCAUCCAGUUGUUUGCUAAUAGGGAAAUUAUCAUCGCGGGUGGAGCGUUUAACUCGCCGCAAAUUCUUAAGCUCAGCGGUAUCGGUCCUGCUGAAGAACUAGAAAAUUUUAAUAUCCCCGUUGUCAAGGACCUUCCCGGAGUUGGCGAAAAAUUGGCGGACAAUUACGAAGGAGGCGUGCUUGCACUGGCUAGUAAGCCACUGAACGGAUCUUCGGGACCGUUUGCAGUGCUGCUCAAGACACCCACAGCUCGCAAGAACCGCAAUAUUUACGGAUGGUGCAAGUCCUUCUCCUUCGAAGGGUUCUGGCCCGGAUUUCCAACCGAAUAUGGUCCUUCGGAAUACGAGUGCGCAUUUGUACACAUGAACCCCCGUUCACAGACGGGCUACGUUCAUUUGCGCUCUAAUGAUCCGCAAGAGCCUCCGGAGAUCAACUUCAACUUCUUCGAGCACGGCGAGGAUGAGGAUCUGACGGAGAUGCUAGACGCGGCUAAGAUAUUCCGUAAGGCCAUCACGGCUGUUGGCGAGCCUAUUGGCCCCUUUGACGAGAAACAUCCGUGUCCGGGGAAGAAUCAGAACUGCACGGAUGCAGCGCAGAAGGAGUUCCUAAAGUUGCAGACGUACUCACACCACGCCACGAGUACGUGUGGGAUCGGACCUGCUGAUGACAAAUUGGCGGUCCUAGACUCAAAAUUCAGGGUUCAUGGUGUUAAGAAUUUGCGCGUGGUCGACGCGUCUGCUUUCCCCUCAGUGCCCGGUGCAUUUCCAGUGUGCCCUAUUUUCAUGCUCGCGGAAAAGGCGACAGAUGAAAUAUUGAAGGAUGCCAAACUUGCUUCACAUUCUUCUUAGAAGAGAUUGAUGAUAGAUGUAUAUAAAUGUUUGAGGAAGAAAUAUAGAGGCAUAUGGAUAGAGAAUAAAAAAA